AUGGUGGCCAUCAUGGCUGCCGGGGCCAGAGUUGAACUAAACCUCUGCACUCCAUCUUGCAAGCGAAGAUCCAUGAAAGCACCAAUCUUCCGUGGUCAAGGUCAGUAUCUGAUGAACAUCACCCUCGGAACUCCACCGUUUACUCUUCCGGUCAUCUUCGACGUGGGAAGUGGAGUGACUUGGGUGCAAUCGACUCCUUGCGUGGAGUGUUGCGAGCAGGAUUACCCCUUGUAUGAUCGUAGCAAGUCAUCCUCGUACAAACCGGUGGGCUGUUCCACCAAGACAUGCAAGUACGAUGGCUACCAGACGAAGUGCGUCAACGCCAGCUGCGUGUACGCCGUGGGCUACGCCGACAAUUCCUACUCUGUCGGCAAGGUCGGCACCGAGUACUUCACCUUCGUCGGCACUGAUGACGAUCUCAAAGCAGGCAUGGUGGAGAUGUCCUUCGACGUGGGGCUCCAAAACGACGGGACAUUCGACUUACUGCGUUCAGCUGCAUGA